CAGUGUAGCUCUGUCUGUUCAACUAGAAAGAUCGAUGACGAUUUAUUCGGAUUUGUUCAUAGUAACGUGAAACUCUAUUAGAAAAAUUCGAGGUAUGAUUUUGACGGAAUUGUUUUUUAAGUUUCGAAAAUUUGUGGAUGUUCGAAUUUGGUAAUCGAAUGUGAUAGUGGGAAAUAUACGGGAAUAUGUAUUAUAUUAUUGCACGUAUCCCGAAUAUAAGCAUUUCAACAAUUCUAAAUUAAAUUUUCUUCUUCUGUUUCAAUUAUUAUUUCUACAUAACCGUAAAUUUUACGUUUAAUAAAAAACAAACAUUCAAUAAAAUACGAUCGAGUCAAUUGGUGGUUAAAGAAAAAUGUCCGAUAGCGAAGAAGAUUCGGUCAGUGGCAUCGAUUGGCCCGUAAAAGAUGAAUGGCUUCGAGCCGUCGUCAAACAACACCACAAAGAUAUAUUGGAUCCAACUAUAACCGUUCUAGAUCAUUCGAUACGGCCGGGUUGCGAAAGCGGCGAAAGUGUCCUUAGCGAUAUUUUAGCUGUCGCCGUUCAAUACAAAUUGAGGGAAGAAGCCGCCGGAACGACGCACACCGUAUGUUUCAUAAUAAAACUUUUGCCGCAAGAUCCGUUCAGUAGAUUUUUCGUUACCGAAGCCCAAUUCGAUCUUAGGGAAAUCAAAUUUUACACGCAAGUGGUGCCGGAUUUAGAAGAAUUUAGAUUGAAUGCGGCCAACGGCGAAGACGUCCGACUUCCGAUACCGAAAUGUUAUUACGCACAUUAUACGGCAGGAACGAACGAUCCGGAACCGACGCCGCCGGAAUCCGUCCUGAUAUUGGAAAAUAUAAAAAAAUUGGGUUACAGGAGCGCCGAUUUCGCCAGAGGUUUAACGCUACGCCAAACGAAAGCGGCCGUGGAAGCGAUAGCGCGCGUGCACGCCUUGUCGCUAUGCACAAAAAUCAAAGAAGGAAAAUCGAUAACGGAACGCUACCCCUUCCUAUUCCAAACGAACAGGGCGUCCGAUUCGUACCAACAAUUAGUGGAACGCGGUCUACCUCAACUGGCCCGAUUUUUGGAGCGGAGGGCAGGUCUGGAGGAAGUUCUGGCGGCUCUGGACCGUCUCCGAUGCCGCACCAAGGAUAUAAUCGAGAAGCUGUUGGCGCCGGAAGAACCGAUAGCGCUGAUAACGCACACGGAUUUUUGGUGCAACAAUUUGAUGUUCAGAGGCGGCGAAGAGAAUUGCGAAUGCGCCAUACUCGAUUGGCAAAUGGUGACUUACAGUAGACCGACCAACGAUUUGGCUUUGUUGUUGAACAGCAGCGUGCCGGCCGAACUCCGCAGACUCCACACCGGAUCCCUGUUGGACGGCUAUUGGAGUUGUUUGACGGAAAAUUGCGGGAAAUUGAAGCUCGACGUCGAAACCGAAUUGGGAUACGACAGAAAGAAACUCGACGGGGAUUUCAGGAAAUCGCAAUUGUUGGCUCUGUUGCUGUGUAUCGGUUCGGUGGAUCUGGCGAUCGGUAACGCGCAAAUGGAGGAACGUUUGUUGGAAUUGCUCAGAGAUUUGUUCGACGAGGGUUUGCUGGACGCGGACGUGGCGUUAAAAGCUCAACAUUAAGUGAUAUAUAUUUAUAUAUAUGAAGAAAAAAAAAAAAAAAAAAUUUCGUCUUAUAUUUAAUGUAAUUCGUGGAUUGCUUAUUAAACUAUUUCAUUCGUACCGAA